GCAUCUUGCCUGGUAAGCCACCACGUAGGGGAAAGAUGUCCUUCGAGGGAGCCCGGCUCAGCAUGAGGAACCGGAGGAACGGUACGCUGGGCAGCACGCGGACGCUCUACUCCAGCGUGUCUCGGAGCACAGACGUGUCCUACAGCGACAGCGACUUGGUGAAUUUUAUUCAAGCAAAUUUUAAGAAACGUGAGUGCGUCUUCUUCACCAAGGAUUCCAAGGCCACGGAAAACAUGUGCAAGUGCGGCUACGCCCAGAGCCAGCACAUUGAAGGCACCCAGGUGAACGACAGCGAGAAGUGGAACUACAAAAAGCACACCAAGGAGCUUCCCACAGACGCCUUUGGGGAUAUUCAGUUUGAGACACUGGGGAAGAAAGGAAAGUACAUCCGUCUGUCCUGCGACACGGAUGCAGAGAUCCUCUACGAGCUGUUGACCCAGCACUGGCACCUGAAAACGCCCAACCUGGUCAUUUCCGUGACCGGUGGCGCCAAAAACUUCGCCCUGAAGCCGCGCAUGCGCAAGAUAUUCAGCCGGCUGAUCUACAUCGCGCAGUCGAAAGGCGCCUGGAUUCUCACGGGAGGCACCCAUUAUGGGCUGAUGAAGUACAUUGGAGAGGUGGUGAGAGACAACACCAUCAGCAGGAACUCAGAGGAGAACAUCGUGGCCAUUGGCAUCGCGGCUUGGGGCAUGGUCUCCAACCGGGACACCCUCAUCAGGAACUGUGAAGCUGAGGGGCAUUUUUCAGCUCAGUACAUUAUGGAUGAUUUCACCAGAGAUCCCCUGUACAUCCUGGACAAUAACCACACCCACCUGCUGCUGGUGGACAACGGGUGCCAUGGGCACCCCACCAUCGAAGCCAAGCUCCGGAAUCAGCUGGAGAAGUACAUCUCGGAGCGCACAAGCCAAGAUUCCAACUAUGGUGGCAAAAUCCCCAUUGUGUGUUUUGUCCAAGGAGGUGGAAGAGAAACUUUGAAAGCCAUCAACACGGCUGUCAAAAGUAAGAUUCCUUGCGUGGUGGUGGAAGGUUCGGGCCAGAUUGCCGACGUGAUCGCCAGCCUGGUGGAGCUGGAGGACGCCCUGACCUCAUCCAUGGUCAAGGAGAAGUUGGUGCGCUUUUUACCCCGCACAGUGUCCCGGCUGCCUGAGGAGGAGAUCGAGAGCUGGAUCAAAUGGCUCAAAGAAACCCUGGAAAACUCUCACCUUCUCACUGUUAUCAAGAUGGAAGAGGCUGGGGACGAGAUCGUGAGCAAUGCCAUUUCCUUCGCUCUGUACAAAGCCUUCAGCACCAAUGAGCAAGACAAGGACAACUGGAAUGGGCAGCUGAAGCUCCUGCUGGAGUGGAACCAGCUGGACCUCGCCAGUGAUGAGAUCUUCACCAAUGACCGGCGCUGGGAGUCUGCGGACCUCCAAGAAGUCAUGUUUACGGCCCUCAUAAAGGACAGGCCCAAGUUUGUCCGCCUCUUCCUGGAGAACGGCUUGAACUUGCAGAAGUUUCUCACGGAUGAUGUCCUCUCUGAGCUCUUCUCCAACCACUUCAGCACCCUCGUGUACCGCAACUUGCAGAUUGCCAAGAAUUCCUACAAUGAUGCCCUCCUCACAUUCGUCUGGAAGCUGGUUGCAAACUUCCGAAGAAGCUUCUGGAAGGAAGAGAGAAGUAGCAGGGAUGACCUGGAUGUGGAAAUCCACGACGCGUCCUCCAUCACCCGGCACCCCCUGCAGGCUCUCUUCAUCUGGGCCAUUCUUCAGAACAAGAAAGAACUCUCCAACGUCAUUUGGGAACAGACCAGGGGCUGCACUCUGGCCGCGCUGGGAGCUAGCAAGCUUCUGAAGACUCUGGCCAAGGUGAAGAACGACAUCAACGCCGCAGGCGAAUCGGAUGAGCUGGCCAACGAGUAUGAGACUCGAGCUGUUGAGCUGUUCACAGAGUGCUACAGCAGCGACGAGGACCUGGCGGAGCAGCUGCUGGUCUACUCCUGUGAAGCCUGGGGCGGGAGCAACUGCCUAGAGUUGGCGGUGGAGGCCACGGACCAACACUUCAUUGCGCAGCCCGGGGUCCAGAAUUUUCUUUCCAAACAGUGGUAUGGAGAGAUUUCCCGAGACACCAAGAACUGGAAGAUUAUCCUGUGCCUAUUUAUCAUCCCCCUGGUGGGCUGUGGCUUUGUGUCAUUCAGGAAGAAACCUAUUGACAAGCACAAGAAGCUGCUUUGGUACUACGUGGCCUUCUUCACCUCCCCUUUCGUGGUCUUCUCUUGGAAUGUGGUCUUCUAUAUCGCCUUCCUCUUGUUGUUCGCCUACGUGCUGCUCAUGGACUUCCACGCGGUCCCACACACGCCAGAGCUGAUCCUCUAUGCGCUGGUCUUCGUCCUGUUCUGUGAUGAAGUAAGACAGUGGUACAUGAACGGGGUGAAUUACUUCACCGACCUGUGGAACGUGAUGGACACGCUGGGGCUCUUCUACUUCAUCGCGGGGAUUGUAUUUCGGCUCCACUCCUCCAACAAAAGCUCUCUGUACUGUGGACGCGUCAUUUUCUGCCUGGAUUACAUCAUAUUUACUCUAAGGCUGAUCCACAUUUUCACCGUAAGCAGAAACUUAGGACCCAAGAUUAUAAUGUUGCAGAGAAUGCUGAUCGACGUGUUCUUCUUCCUGUUCCUCUUUGCGGUGUGGAUGGUGGCCUUCGGGGUGGCCAGGCAGGGCAUCCUGAGGCAGAACGAGCAGCGCUGGAGGUGGAUCUUCCGCUCCGUCAUCUACGAGCCCUACCUGGCCAUGUUCGGCCAGGUGCCCAGCGACGUGGACGGUACCUCGUACGACUUCGCGCACUGCACCUUCACAGGCAACGAGUCGAAGCCCCUGUGUGUGGAGCUUGACGAGCACAACCUGCCGCGCUUCCCCGAGUGGGUGACCAUCCCGCUGGUGUGCAUCUACAUGCUGUCCACUAACAUCCUUCUGGUCAACCUGCUGGUCGCCAUGUUUGGCUACACAGUGGGGACGGUGCAGGAGAACAAUGACCAGGUCUGGAAGUUCCAGAGGUACUUCCUGGUGCAGGAGUACUGCAGCCGCCUCAACAUCCCCUUCCCCUUCGUGGUCUUCGCCUACUUCUACAUGGUGGUGAAGAAGUUCUUCAAGUGUUGCUGCAAGGAGAAAAACCCAGAAUCUUCUGCCUGCUGUUUCAAAAAUGAGGACAAUGAGACUUUGGCAUGGGAGGGCGUCAUGAAGGAAAAUUACCUCGUCAAGAUCAACACGAAAGCCAAUGACAACUCAGAAGAAAUGAGGCAUCGGUUUAGACAGCUGGAUACAAAGCUUAAUGAUCUCAAGUGCCUCCUGAAGGAGAUUGCUACUAAAAUCAAGUAGAAUGACACGAGCUGUCACGAAAAGGCAGUCUAAUUAUGGCAAGGUGCUGUCAGCCUUCUGGAUCGAGAAGUUUAAGUAAUGCUGCAGGACAAUUCUGCUAUGGACUACCGAAGGAGAAUUUUCUGGGUCCCUGGCUUCACUGUGGAUGGCUUUCAGGCCCCCCAGCAGGCCCACAUCUGAGAACAAAGUGUGCAGCUGAUUUCACUCUUUCGAGGGGUAGAAAGGACAAGCCUUCCCACGGCGGGCUUCCGCGGGGCAGGCACCUACAACCGUCGGCUUCCUAUGCCCUGUUCUGGUGUCUGAGUGCUUAAAUCCUUUCUCUCAUCCUUCAUCUGUCUUCAUUUUAUUUUGACAUGCGCAUAAAACAGAAGAGCCUUUUUCUUUUUUUACCAAAAAGACUGUAGCCUUGCUUUUCCUCUUGCAUUAUUUUGCUCCUUCCUAAUUGAUUCUCUAUUUCUUUUUUGUUUUGUCCUAUGUGACUAUAAUACAUUGAUAUGUGGACUUCCAAAUCAGGCCAGACUCUGAAACAUGCUAGAGUCCAAGGAACCUGCUCUUUGGGGGAAGCCAUUUCCUUUCUCAUCUUGCUUCUCACUUGUAGAGGGAGGACGCUGGGCAGUGACUGCCCCAGUGGGUCUCCACAGGAGCACCCCGGAAGGGAUCAGGGAUUGCCUUCCUCAAACAAUACAGAAGUCUCACGCAAGACAGAGCCCUGAAGGCCACCCCUGAUGGUGUUCUGGUGCUUUUCUUUCUCUUAUUAUUUUUCCCAUAAAAAAGAACACAUAGAUGUUAUAGACAGUACGGCCUCACAGAGAUGCAGAAGCCCUCCCUGCCUCCAGUCGCCAUUCCACCCAUCGCUGGGUAUUUUCCAUCUCUCGAUUUUUUUCUAGUUUGAUCUCCCUUAAAUAGUUUUACAUAGCGUCAUCGUCCUGCAAGCACAAUUUUUGUAACUUUUUUCCCUUAAUAUCUUAUCAAAGAUGUUUUGUUUUAUGUUUGAGGUAUUCCUAAGCAUUAUGCUAACCAUUUCAUAAUAUUUAGCCUCCUGUAAUUUCUGUAAUGCUGGUCAUUGGGAAGCUGUUCCCAGUUGGCCCUUGGGAAGAAUCUCUUUGUACAUGACCUUGUUUCUGCAUUUGGGUAAACUUCCCCAGGCUAGGUUCUAAGGACUAUCUACUGAUUAUUGAACCAGUUACAAGUUCACAAAUGUAUAGCAAAUAAGAAUUGUUAAAUUGAGUAUAAUAUGAGAUACACUCAGCUACAACUAUUAAAAUAAAAUAUUGCACCUAAUCCUUAUCUUAGGAAUAAACCUAUGUACUUAUUUCAAUAUUGUGUCACUAUAGACUUGGGGAGCUACCUUUCUGUGUACCCCAUCCUGGCCUUCACAAGUGGGAUUGUCUGAGCCAGUGUACCCACAGCAACUUAAACUAGCUUUCUGGUUCUGGGUAGACAGUAAACACAGUGGAUGAAGAAGAGAGUCUUAGAAGGAACCCAUUAAAUGACCAUCUAAUUAGAAAAAGUUCACAAACACUACCCCAAACUUCUGUUCUUAUUUUUCCAGGCAGUAGUUAACAGGCCCAUUCAGCUCCUGCAUGACAUUUGCAGGGAAAGCACACAAACGAAAGAUUUUUUUUUUUUAAUUUAAGCCCAAUAAUGGCUUAAAUGGGACUCUUAUUUGUAGGGCCCAUCAGUUCAUGGUUUCAGAUGCUGAAUGACGGGACAAAGCUUGAUGACAAAGCACAGCCUAUGACUGGAAGGCUCAGAUUUGCUGUGAGAGAAAAUGUCACUUCCACUUCACCAUGGCAACUAAAAUACCUGCUAUUUCUGAAACCCAGGAAGAAGGUCAUGGCUGCUCCACACAGACUGGAAAAUACAUAUGUGGCAGAAAAAAAAAUAAUAAUUCCUAGCCAUAAGAUUGAACACAGAGAGAAACAGUCCUAGCCUCUCACCCUAGAUUCAAGUGGGGCAGAUGAAUGAAAUCAAUAAAUUAUAUUUAGAGCUGCCACUAGAGGACACUAGUCAGAUAAUCUCUUUACUGAUUUCCCUUUUAUGAACCUGCUUGUGCAUUCCUAGUUCCACUGAUGGUUUCUGUUGGCUAAAUAGGUAGGCUCAUGUGUACCCCAGGGCCCGUGGCAAAAGUGAUUCUUCUGUUGAUCAGAGAGUCUCCAACAAGUCCUGUGUGAGGCAGGGACUUGUAAGAGUUGCUGCUUCUGCCCCUCCCAGGCCCUUCUGCAUGGUCCCUCCCUAGGCUUCCGGUUAUGUUAAAUCGUGACUUCCAGCGUAGCUC